UGUCAUCUUGAAAACCAUAAACAAAAAAAUGCCAUCAAAACCCUCUAAUCUAAACACGCAAGUGCUAUCAAUACUAGACAAAAUCAACCACCUUAAUCAUCUCAAACAACUUCAAUCAUAUCUCAUCACCACAGGCCAUUCCCAACACCAGUUUUUCUCCUUCAAACUUGUCAGAUUCUGCGUACUCUCUCUGUCCAACCUCAGUUACGCUCGCUCAAUCUUUACUUCACUUGUUUCACCCAAUGUCUACCUUUAUACGGCCAUGAUCACAGCUUAUUCAUUGUAUUCAGACCAUGAUUCUUCGCUCUCUUUAUACCGUGAUAUGGUUAGAAAAAAACAGCCGAAAGUUAGUCACUUUAUAUACCCACAUGUGUUAAAAUCUUGCCCCGAGGUUUUAGGGUAUAAUGGUACGAAAAUGGUGCAUGCCCAGAUUGUUAAAACGGGUUAUGGUGAGUACCCAGUUGUGCAAACGGGUUUGAUUGAUGCGUACUCGAGGUUUAUUGAAGAUAUCGAUGUUGCACGGUUACUGUUUGAUGAAAUGUCUGAGAGAAAUGUUGUGUCUUGGACUGCGAUGAUUUCAGGGUAUACUAGAGCUGGGGAUAUGGUGAAUGCGGUUGAGUUGUUUGAACAAAUGCCGGAUAGAGAUACACCGUCUUGGAAUUCGAUAAUAGCUGGGUGUACUCAUAAUGGGAUGUUUUCGGAAGCUGUUAAGCUUUUAAGGAGGAUGAUUUUGAAUGGAAUGAAACCUAAUUUUGUUACGGUUUUAUGUUCACUUUCGGCAUUUGGACAUAUGGGUAUGUUGCAGCUGGGGAAAUCGACUCAUGGUUAUAUACUUAGAAACGGGCUUGGUCCUAAUUCUCGUAUUGCAAACGGGUUGGUUGAUAUGUAUGGAAAAUGUGGGAGCUUGAAAGAAGCAAGAAUAGUUUUUGAUGAAACGUCAAAGAGAAAUUUAACCUCAUGGAAUUCCAUGAUUAAUUCUUACGCACUACAUGGCCAAAGUGAAUCAGCACUAAUGGUCUUCGAGGAAAUGAUGCAACAAAUUAUGAUACCAGACUCUGUUACAUUUGUAGGGUUAUUAAAUGCGUGUACCCAUGGUGGUUUAGUCGAAAAGGGUCGUUCUUUUUUCAAAUCCAUGGUUAGUGAUUUCAAUAUCGAGCCUGACAUUCAUCAUUUGGGGUGUUUUAUUGAUCUUCUUGGUCGAGCAGGCCAAUUUGACGAAGCAAUGGAAGUUAUAGCAUCAAUGAAAACCCCACCUGACGAAGCAGUAUGGGGUUCUCUGCUAAACGCUUGCAAGAUUUAUGGCCAAAUGGAUUUGGCUGAGAUCGCAGUCAAGAAACUAAUUGAAAUCGAUCCCAACAAUGGCGGAUAUGGCACGAUGUUAGCCAAUAUAUAUGGAGCAGUAGGGGAGUGGGAUAAGGCAAGAGGGGUAUGGAGAACAUUGAAGGAGCAAAAGGCUUAUAAGAUACCAGGUUGUAGUUGGAUUGAAAUGGAUAAUCAAGUUCAUCAGUUCUAUUCUACUGAUGAUUCUCAUUCUAAAAUAGAGGACAUACAUUUGACCCUGGAAAGCAUAUUUGGAUUCUCUGAUGAAAACAUAUUUGAUCAUCAUAUAUUGCCACUUAUUACAGGAGGAGGAGGAUGGAGACAAUUACAUGACACGGAUUCAUCAUCAUCAUCAUCAAAUAGUAAUGAUAAUGAUGAUGUUCAUAUAAAUUAUCCUCUCAUUUCCGCUCUUCUAGCUUUCGUUGUCGCUCAAUCCAUCAAGGUCUUCACCACCUGGUAUAAGGAAAAACGUUGGGACUUAAAGCAACUUUUGGGAUCAGGUGGCAUGCCAUCAUCCCAUUCUGCUACCGUUACUGCUCUAGCUGUUGCUGUUGGUUUUCACGAUGGCAUUAGCGGCACCACAUUUGCAACUGCUCUGAUAUUAGCUUGUGUUGUAAUGUAUGAUGCAACAGGUGUAAGAUUGCAGGCUGGACGCCAAGCAGAGGUUCUGAAUCAAAUUGUAUAUGAACUUCCUGCUGAACAUCCCUUAUCUGAGACAAGACCACUACGUGAACUUCUUGGCCAUACCCCUCCCCAGGUUUUUGCUGGUGGAUUGUUGGGCUUCUUUACAGCAGCAUUUAUUCACUUAAUCUCACAUGCCGAUACCUGACUUGUGCUCGGUACGGAUGAUUAACCAGUGUUGUGGUUCUCUAUAAGACACACAUAGAUGCAUUCAUGACUAGACAUUCUAUAGCAUAAUAAGAAGAUAAGUUUGUUUGAAAUUUAGCCUUACUAAAAAGACAGAUGUAUUAUCAAUCAUUCAUCAGUUAUACAAACAACUAUGAUGUUUAACUAGUUCGACAAAAAAAGAUACCUUCCAAAAAUGUGUAAUAGCAUUCUAGUGUUUGAUAUCUUAUGUCAUGUCAGGAUAAGUGGGCAUGUUGCUGGCAUGAAGAUGAAUGUUUGUCUAAUUAACCUUUAUUGUACAUUUGUAAAUCGGUGCUGUACUACAUAUAACAGAUAUAAAUUGUCUUUUUGGCAAUUGACCCUAA